CCCCCCUCCCAAAUCCCAGUCCUCUAGAGACUUCAUUGCAAAUACACAGGAUCGACAUCCCGGUCAACCAUCUUCUUUCUUUCUUCCUCUUUUUAAUUUAUUAUACAAGCUCCUUCCACCUUCUUUUCUUCCCUUCACUUCUCUUUCUUCUUCAUUCAACCAACCUUGUCCCUUCUCUCGGAUCUCUCUCGCCUGGAUAUCAUAUCACCACUUUGACAUCCUAUUAAGAGUUUCCUGCCCUUCCUUUUGCACAUUAUACUCGCACAUCUUGUUGUUGUUGUUGCCUCUCUCUGUUGGGUUCUCGUUUUUGAAACCUUCUGCUUCUUGCUCUCUGUUUCAAUAACUCGCUCUGCUCUUUCCCAACUACUCGGUACUACUUGUUUUCCUCGUACAACCGCUCAACCACUCGUUCGACAUCAACUCUUGCAUAUUCGAAAUUCUCAGUCUGUUGCUCGCGCCUUUUCCAGCCCAGACUAGUGUAUACUACGAUUCAUCCACGAUCCAAUAUUUUGCAACCCACUCUUAAUACUCCAAAACGCACAAUCACAAGGCUACAAUGUCUCAAUCACUCGCCUACAUGUACAACCGCGAAGUCGCCAUCGACUCCCGCAAAGUCCAGUACCAGCCUGCCACGCCCGUCUACUCGAGACCUGGCUCUUCCUGCUCGCAGCCUCCUACGCUCUUCAGCAACGGCCCUGCCAUCAUGACACCUGCUGGCUCCCCUCCCGCCCACAAGGCCACCAUCCUGCUCGAGACCGAACUCUACGACAUCGCCCAGUUCCCUUCGACUCCUCCUCUGUCGACCUCUAGCAGCACUGUCGGUAGCCCCAAGUCCAUUGAUGCCAUGCAGACUCCCAUCAACCCCAUGUUCUCUGGCUUUGAUGGUCUUGCCAUGGGUAAGGAUGUCUUCGACUCUGUCGAGAACUCCAUCCUCGAUUGGUCUAGCGCUGCUUCUCCUCCCAUGACUCCUGUCUACAUGCACAACGCUGCCAUGAACGCCGCUGCCGGUGACAUUCUCUCCGUCACUUCGUGCCCUUCGCUGUCUCCCUCUCCUGCGCCUUACGCUCGCUCCCUCAGCGUCGACCAGCCUGUUGACUUCUGCGAUCCCCGCAACUUGACCGUCUCUGGCACUCCCAGCUCCACCCUGUCCACCGAGCUCACCCUCUCUGGACUUGGUGAGGAGGAGAUUAAGGAGCAGCAGCCCAUGGCUCAGCCUACGUUUGAGUUUGCUGCCAUGUCUGGCAUGCCUUCCUUUGAGGAGAUCUCCGACCUCGACUCUGAGGCUGACUUCAGCAACCUCGUCAACUUGAGCGAGAUCAGCAACGAUGUUACCCGCCCUCGUGCCUGCACCGGCUCUUCCGUUGUCUCUCUUGGUCACGGUAGCUUCAUUGGUGCCGACGACGAGCUUACCUUUGGUGAGGAUGCCUUUGCCUUCUCUUCUCUGCCCAGCCCUCCUAGCUCCACCGGUUCUCCCGAUGAUGAGCACAAGAACAAGAAGCAGAAGAGAAGCCACAAGAAGGAUGCCCGCGCUGCCCAGCCCGAGGAGAUUGCCGACAACGAGUCUGUCUGCUGCUCCGAGGAUGCUUCCACUCCCGCUCCUGCCCCUACCAGCCGCCGCGGCCGCAAGCAAUCUCUUACUGAGGACCCUUCCAAGACCUUUGUCUGCGAUCUUUGCAACCGUCGCUUCCGUCGCCAGGAACAUCUCAAGCGCCACUACCGCUCUCUCCACACCCAGGAGAAGCCCUUUGAGUGCACUGACUGCGGCAAGAAGUUCUCUCGCAGCGACAACCUUGCUCAGCACGCCCGUACCCACACCUCUGGUGCUGUGGUCAUGGGUGUCCUUGAGGAGGGCGAGACCCGCCCUUACGAUGCUUCCAUGAUGGGUGAGGAUUAUAAUGCCUAUGGCAAGGUUCUCUUCCACAUUGGCGCCGAAGCUUCCGCCAGCGAGCAGUCUUCAGAAGACAGCGAGCAGGGCCGCAAGAAGCGCAAGCGAUCUGACUAAGUAUAUGUGUCAGCAAUUAUAGAAUGAUCAUCAAAACGCACUCGGGCUUGCCGCCUGACACGAUUAUACGACAAUAUUCUUUAUCUCUUUCAAUUUGCCUUGCCUCUCUGGCCUGGCUCAUUAUGGAGCGCUGAGCUUCUAUGGUUACGACUGCAUUGCGAGCACUUCUUUUUAUUCUUCACUUCAUCUUGUACAACAUAUUUACUCACUGUGCCAUUGACUCUUUUUUUGUCUUUGGUCCUUGAGCUUAUCACUUUUUUUAUCACGACAUACAAAAAAAGUUUUGGAAAGAGUCAUUUUUGGAAUUCGGAAAUACCGGCGUGUAUUGGUGGGCUUGGAACUAGUCGCAUGUUGGCCUCUUGUCAGCAUUUUUUUAUUGGUUGCGGGUGUAAGGGAUCGUGUGAAGUUGGCCGCGCCGGACCAGCACGCGCUCUUCCCUGCAACUCUUCUUCGUUACCCUCUUUGUAAUUCUUUCGUGCAAACAGCUGGACAUCUGAAUGCUCUGGAAUACCUAUUUAGAAUCAAUUUAUCUUCUCACCACCACUACGUUGUUCCAUCUCUUGUACUCUCUCUUUUGUGCUUCUCAAUCUUCUACAAGGUGACGCGUGCCAUUGAACCAAAAGCAACUCUAGGGACUUAGCAACAGCAACACGAUCUUGACACUACAACGUCGGGCGGCCUCUUGGUAUCUCUGUUGGAUGCGACGGUCGCUCUUGAGGCUGGCUUGUAAAGUUACGUGGCUUGUCGAAUUUUCCAUUGGCUCCAUUCAUUUCUUCUACAGAGCGACCGGGGUGCUCAGGCACUGGACGACCGGGCUAUCCUGAUCCCUGCUCCCCGGGAUUUGGAGAGGCGCCCGCACCGAAGGGCGGCCUUUGUUAACUUACUUGGCCUAGCGAAAUGAGGCCCAGCACGGGAGUCAAGCUCUGAGGAGGGUCACCGUCUUGGUGGAGUUGCCACCAUUGGCCUGCUACACGGAACGGGGCGGCAUGGGGCGCCGGGAGCAUCCGCGGUAUGAGAAAGCGUUUUUUCUUGUCGUCGCGGGCCGCUGUUGACUAGUGGUGGUGGUCUUUGCGGAACGCGUCCUGUGACAAUUGGAUGUUGAUCCACGGCGGAAUAUCAACCCCAAAGGGACAACUUCAUGAAUACGUGAAGUAGUUUGUCCAGGUGGCUGAGUCAAGGCAAAAAGUUUGUUUGUGCAAGCACUGCGCCUCAUAUGCACGUUCCUGCAGCGCAAGCACGCACGCACGAUCUGCUGGAAUUGCCCGAACCUGCAAAGGGCCUGUGUUUUAGGUGUUAAGCGCGCAAAGCAUGCCGGGGAUACUUGACAGCUUUGCCCUCUCGGAGCCUUUGGCAUUUUCGCGCGUCGUCCGCCUUGUCUCUGAGACCCGCUGCAGAGACACGGCGCUGCUUCCACCAUGUUGCUAGAAAACGAACCCAAGGGCAGCCAAGACAUGGAUGGUUGAGCAGGGCAGGGGCGCAAAACCAAAAAAGCGCGAAGUUCAAUGGAAAUCGCACGCCCCCGGUUGGUGGGAGAAAAGGACAAGCCGGCCAGCCCUGUUGUUGCAUCACAGCAUUUUCACAAUUGCCUUCUCCGCGGCAGGCGAUUUACGUAGCACCCAUGAAGACUCCAUAGGACCUUUUCUUCGUACAGUAAGGGUCCGCUCUCUCGACAAUGGCCUGUCGUGUGCACGGACGGCGCUUUUUAGAAUAAUGGAUAGCGAGAGCCUAAGCUGGGCCAGGCAGCCUUGUCCUGGUCGCCCGCAUCGUUUACUACGGAUAUGCCACAAGAGUCAGAUAUCCUGGUGCUGCAGGGGGACAGGACGAACUGCGUUACAUGAUCGGGUUUGCGCCGUCUAUGCCGAGCAUCCCAAGCUGAUUGGCGAUUGACCCUGGAGUUUGUAGGCCCGACAAGUGGAUGAGAUGACUGCAGCUAGUAUGGAUGUACUGUUGCAGAGUAACAAGUUAGUAAUCUUUUGCUUCUUCCUGGUAAGUUUGAUGCAUGCUGCUGCAUUGUUUGCCCAGCUCUAGCUAGUAGCGUGAGGCGACUGACGGCCUAGCCGGGCGUUGGCUUGGUUUCCUAGCUUGUCGGGGGUGUGGUGGUUUGCCACGAACCAACCAACCAACCAACCAACCAAAUGAAUGUUAGCGAUGUUGGUUCGGUCCGUGCGAUUGGGGGAAUAGUUGAUGGUGGGUUAGGUGCCCCGACUGCGGAUGCUCGCUAAGUUUCGUUCUAGUAAGGACCGGCGAGCCGACUUGCAUGAAGCAUGAGAGAGCAUAGGGAGCAAUUUCCACCUCGCUUUUGCCCAGGCUCGAACGUCUUAGCACGGUCCACGAAAAUUUUCGGCCGGGUGUCGGGCGAUGGCUGCCGGCAAGCUAGAGACGCUCUUAGCUGCGGGAAGUCCAGAUGUCGCCAACGACAAGGGUGCCAAGCUGGAACCCAGCUUUUCGGUCGGUGCUUCAGGCGUCCAGUGGAGCGGCGCGGACCAGCAGCUUAAUUGGACGACUGGGCGGCCUAAUUUCGUAGCUUCGGAGCUGUGAUUCCUCUUGUGGAAGAGCUGAGGGGCGCUAGCUUGAUGCCCGUGGCGCUGGAUCAAGCCCUGAGAGCUCCGAUCGGCUUGUGAUUAUUGCGCUGCCGCUCUUCAUCAAACACUGUGUAUAUGCUUCCAUUUCGGGGUGUGGAUUUGAAUUUGGCGUUGUUUUUUGGGGAAUAAUCGGAAAGUACAGCACAAAUGGUUGGUGAUGUUUGUAGUUUGUAGAUGCGGUAAUGCGGGUGGCUGCAGACUGACGGCCUCAGCACGUGAGUGGUGCAGCCGCACGAUCCACC